AUGUCGCACAAGGGCAAGAACAGCGCGGCCAAGGGCAAGAAGCCUGCCAAGUCUGGCGCCGAGAGCAAAGGCGAGGAUGCCUUGCAAGCAGUCAUUCUUGCCGACUCAUUUCAGGACAGAUUCAGGCCGUUUACGAUAGACAAGCCAAGAUGUCUGUUACCACUGGGCAACACGCCCAUCAUCGAGUAUACCCUCGAGUUCCUGGCCAUGAACGGCGUCAACGAAGUGUACAUUUACUGCGGUGCCUUCACAGACCAAGUCGAAGAUUAUAUCAGCCGGUCCAGAUGGGCUCCUACGUCGAGAUCAUGCCCCUUCUCGGUUGUCCAGUUCGUACGUUUGUCAGAUGCGAGGUCGGUUGGUGACAUAUUACGAGAUUUGGACAAGCGAUCCCUUGUCGACGGUGACUUCCUAGUGGUUCAUGGAGACUUGGUUUCAAAUUUCAUGCUGGAUGGGGUCCUGGCAGCACACCGUAAACGAAGAGAGACCAGCGCCGCCAAUAUCAUGACGGUUGUCCUGCGCAGUGGUGGCGACGAGGACCACCGUACCAAGACAAAUGGAAUCACGCCGAUCUUUGCAGUUGACGCCAAGAACCAGCGAUGUCUGCAGUACGACGAAAUGACCCCAUUGCAAAGCGACCACUACCUGGCACUUGACCCAGCCAUCCCCGACGAAUUGUCCACCGAGUUCGAAGUUCGAUCCGACCUCAUCGACGCGCAUAUUGAUAUUUGCACCCCAGAGGUAUUGGCACUGUGGUCGGAAAGUUUCGACUACGAGCUCCCCCGCAGAAACUUUCUUCACGGCGUUUUGAAAGAUUGGGAGCUGAACGGCAAGAUGAUUUACGCAGAGAUUUUGGAGGAUGGGUACGCGGCCCGUGCAAGCAACCUUCAGAUGUACGAUGCCAUCAGCCGUGAUAUUCUGGGACGAUGGACCUUCCCAUUCAUUCCAGAGAAUAAUCUUGUGCCGAAACAGACGUACCAGCGCCAUGCAAACGGACUCGUGAUGGAGCACAACGUUUCUCAUACACACGACGCCCGCAUGGCCAACACCGUCAUUGGCAGGGACACCACCAUUGGACCGGGGUCCAAAAUAUCAAACUGCUUUAUCGGCACAGGCUGCAAGAUUGGCGCCAACGUGGUACUGGAGGACUCGGCAGUCUGGGAUAACACCACAAUUGCAGAAGGAACGAGAAUAUCACGCUCUAUUAUUGGCGACUGGGUAUCCAUUGGCAAGAGCUGCACAUUGUCCCCUGGUUCCCUGGUAGGCUCUGGAGUUCGGAUUGACGACAACAUUGCGCUGAGCAAGGACAGUAUCUUGUCAGCUCUGACACUCUCCGGAGAGCCGAUUUCCAGAGACACAAAGCUUCUCGGUGCCAGCACAAAUGCCGCUGCCUUUGCUGACCUCGACGAGGACGAUUUGGACGAACGGGACGCCUCGCGUCUGCAACGGUCGCUCAUCUACUCACUUGCCGAUUUCAACAUUUCCACGUCGUCAAUUUCCACACUGUCCUCUGAUGUGGACUCGGACGCCGACGAAGACGGCCGCUUCUUGUCCCCCGGGGCCGCCUCCUCGUCGCGGUCGCGACUCUCAUCGUUUGCCUCGGACGACUCCACCGGCAAGCUGUCGUUCCACGCUGACGCGGUACACGGCCUUUUGGACACACUCCGUGGCGAGACGAGGGAUUUUGACGGCGCCAAGCUUGAAUUCAUGGGGCUGCGUCUUGCCAACGACGCCUCCGAUGGCAUGAUGCGAAAGGCCGUGGCCACGGCCUUUGCUCGCCGCGCCGCCGAGCUUCUGACGCUGGAGCACGGCUCCCUAGAACCCACCAAGGCGGCAGAGAAGGCGCUGACCUCGAAGAAGGGCGCGACGGCCUUUAUCGACGAAGUCGGCGUCGGCGGCGAGGAGACAGAGCAGGCCGAGUACAUUCUCGCUACGCAAAAGGCACUCCGGCAGAUUAAGAAUCCCGAGCAAGCCAAGUUGAGUACCCUGCUGGCGGCAAUGCUUCAGCAGCUGUAUACCCUGGAUAUCCUGGAGGAAGAUGGCAUUCUCGGUUGGUGGCAAGAUGAGAGGGCAGCCGAGGGCGAUGGAAUGGCUGCGCUAAAGGAGAAUUGCAAGGUCUUGAUUGAAUGGUUGGAAAAUGCCGAGGAAGAAGACGACGAAGACGACGACAGUGACGACGAGUAA